GUCGUUUGUUUCACACCAUGAUUGCCGCAGGAACUCUACUCCUCCUUCCUCCCUCUUCCUUCUCUUCCCCAAAACUCUCUAAAACCCCCAAAUGCCUUCCCACAGACACUGUGGACUCUGGCCUCCUCUUCCAUGAAAAGCUCCAAUACCUCACAGGCCUCAAAAUCAAUACCCAAAAAGCGCUCACUCAAAACCCAAAUCUCCGCUCCACUCCUCUCUCCACCCUCUACUCCGUAGAGCACUGCCUCUCCUGCAUGGGCCUCCACCGCCUUGCCAUCGGCCGCAUCCUAGACAUGCACCCUGCCCUUCUCACCUCUGAUCCGCACGUCUAUCUCUAUCCUGUCUUCGACUUCCUGCUCAACGAGGUUGGUAUCCCAUUUCCAGAUAUCGCCAAAACUAUUUCUCGGUGUCCUAGGCUCUUAGUCUCUAGUGUUUCUGACCAAUUGCGCCCUGCCCUUAUCUUUCUUCGGAACCUUGGGUUUGUGGGUGCCAAUGCCAUCAAUUGUCAGACAACUGUGUUGCUUGUAUAUAAUAUUGAAUUUACCUUGAUGGCUAAGAUUGAAUACUUGAUGAGUUUGGGGUUUGAAUACUGUGAGGUUAAAGAAAUGGUAGUCAGGUCGCCGGGGCUUUUGACUUUUAGCGUAGAGAACAAUUUAGUGCCAAAAGUGGAGUACUUUUUGGUGGAAAUGAAGGGUGAUUUGGAGGAAUUGAAAAGAUUUCCGCAGUAUUUUUCAUUCAGUUUGGAGGGGAAGAUAAAGCCAAGGCAUAGAAUGUUGGCGGAGUACGGGUUGAAGCUUCCAUUGUGUAAAAUGUUGAAGAUUAGUGAUGGUGAAUUCAGUGCAAGAUUGGUCGAUAUGCGGCUAAGAAUGGUUGGGGAGACUUAAGUGAAAAUAAGUUGCAUGGCUUCUUAAAUAUUUGUGUACAUGUGUGUUCUAGUAUGUUUGACUAUGCUAUACAGGAGCUUUAAAUUUAAGCUGCUAUAAUUGCUUAACAUAUAAUAUAGAAUCUGAUUAGUAAAUUGUUUUUAAAA